AUGCGUUGCUUUUACGAAGUACUUGGUAUGAACCUUCCCGAUCCAUAAUUUCAUUUUCACAGGGCUUGAAAGAACCUGCGAAGCCUCCGAGCUUAAAAAAGCCUAUUAUAAGGCUUCACUGGAAUGGCACCCCGACAAGAAUCAUGACAGACUAGAAGAGGCCACAGCCAGGUUCCAGGAAAUUCAGGAAGCAUACCGGUUUGUCAAAAUAAUUAUCGACUCCUGCACGUGACCUCUUCAUUUUAGACUGCAGUUACCAGCUCAGUGUUCUCUAAAUUUAAUUCCCGUAUUUUGUUUUCAUCUUGAGCUGUCGGCUGAAUUAAUAUUUGGUCUUUGAUUACGUAUUUUUAGAGCGCUUUAAGGCAAAGUCAGGCGAAAUUUGUGUAAUAAACCCACCGACGCAAAACACUUAUGGUGCCGCCGUAUGAGUAAUAGUUUCCGUCUUUGUAGUCGUCGACAUCGCAUUCGCCUUUACUCGCGACGCUUCUUGAUUCUUUAUAUUGAAUUUCCGAUUGCAUAGCCAUCAACCCUCAGUAAUAAUGAGGCUUUAAGUAGCCUUCUUCCCAAUGUCGCUUUUUCACUCAAAGUCUCAUUAAAUGCAGCCGUUGUUAGAUUUUCGUGGGUUCAGGCUCCCAUUUCUUCUACUGCACCGACUAUCGCCAGUAGUAGUUCGGUCAGCUCCGCACCCAUAAUAUGAAUUUGUUUAACCCAUUAUUUAAUUUUGACGAAAUGACCUGAGCAAUCGUUUCGCGUUUGAGAUUCUAUUUCUUCUCGCUUUUUUGUCUUGCCGCCACUAUCGCGGCCUUAACUCGUCUUUCUUACAAAGAAGCUAGCACUCAUACUUGCAGAGGAUUACCGGUCUGGCAAGCAAGUGGUACGUUCGAUCUUUUUGACUGAGAUAUUUUGGCUUACUUUCGCGGGAUUCGUAAAAGCCCGUCAACGGCUUCUAUUCCCGUUAUGAUGUUAUUUGUAUCUUAUCACCUUCGGGACAGCUUAGUUCAAAUAUAUUUCCCAUUGCCUGCUUCAUCAGGCCGACAAAUUAAUCACAAGGGCCUCCUUAUUCGGAGCAAGAAUGGGGCUCGAAGAUUUUUAUUUCUUCGACACCAGCGAGUUUUGCGACCUUGUUCCCUGAAAGGCCCAUAAGCUAGCCAGUACGCGGGUGCGGACACGAUGCACUCAAAACUACGUUGAACUUCGAGGAUCCGGUUUGUUGAUAGGCAAGGCGAUUGGGAAGGUCUGUGCCAGUGUUGGGGCGACGCAACGUGUUCCAUCAAUCUUUGGAAUCUAUCGUUUCUUCUCUUCAGAUACGCUGGAAUCUUUCCACCGGUGUGAAUGUAAUUGUUCGAUUGACCAGUUGAACCGGCAGCGUCCAUGCAAAAUACAUAAUAUCCUAUCUUCCCUCUUUUCUAGCGUCCUUUCCGAUGUCCAAGAACGUGCGUGGUAUGAUCGUCACCGCGAGGAGAUCCUGCGUGGUGGACAGGGUGGAAUUGGUGGAGACUACAAGGACGAUAGUCUGGACGUAUUCCAGUUCUUCUCUCGCUCCUGCUUCGCCGGUUUCGAUGACGGACCGAAGGUGAAUAUCCACACCCUCCCCCUCCGAUGCCCCUGCUGCUUGCAUUUCUCAUGAACCUCCUUGUAUUCUCUCCUUACCAGGGUUUCUACACAGUCUAUAGGGAGGUUUUUGACGACAUUGCGAAGGAGGAACGCCGUGGCGGCGAUUGGACUGCCAGCGCAUCGGAAGACGAGAGCAGUGAUACAGAGGAGGGGAAGGAGGGACGGGACGUUGAUGAGAGGACGGCAGCUCGAGGACGGCAACCCAGCUCCUUUCCCCCCUUCGGCCACGCGGACAGUGAUUAUGAUUCUGUUGUCCGGCCAUUCUACGCCUUCUGGGAGGCAUUCUCUUCGCGCAGAUCCUACGCCUGGGCCGAGAAGUACGACACUCGUAGACUGAACAGCCGUGCAGUAAGUUUUCGUACGAACUGGGAAGCACGUGGCAGACUGCUUUGCAUUUCGCUUUUUUUGCAUGAUACACCAAUUGUUGAGGAUGUAAGGCAGGCGAUUUUAAUAUCUCGGGUCAGCGCAGGUCUCCCUUCGGUCUAGGCCAGUGUUCAUGUCGUGCCACCUCGACUCAUUCUCAUUUUCAGGGCGGAAUUUAUAAAAUCUCGCACGAGCUCGCCACAAGCUUGCUAAACAUGCUCCUACCUAUAGGUCGCGCUGCAGGUGUAUUUCGGAUCCAUAUCAUUCCCAUUUAUUCCCUACGACACCCUCCAUGUAUCUUGGGUUUUUCUUCAUGAAGUUGAAAUAUCGACUCCCGGAGCAGACAACCAGUCUUCGUAAUGACAAAGGCUUAAGAAGUCAGUCUUUUGUGUCGAUUUUGUGCUCUCGCGCAUUGCACCACACAGCGCAAGUCACUUUAUGGUACGGGGCAUUGUCAUUGGUAGGAUGCUGCAGUCACAACUGCAUCCACCACCACCACCACCACCACCACCACCACCACCACCACCACCACCACCAGCACCAGCAGCAGCAGCAUCAUCAUUAUCAGCUGCGAACUUGAAUCAGUGCCAACAGAGAGAGGGAGAGAGAGAGAGAGAGAUCACCAGGGAGGACAAUUUGCACAUACGUACAAUUGCCAUUUUCAUAGAUGUUUUGGCAAAUUUCGAAUAAGUCAUAUCGACCCAACUGUGAAAAACUCGGCGCCUCGGUGGGAUUCGAACCUACGACAGUAAGGGGAAGGCUUUAGUACCGCCAACACUCUAACCACCUGAACUACGAGGCCUUGCCGGACGACGCGAGUUUAAUCACACUUGGGUCAUUGUCAUUUUCUUGCCGGGAAUGAAGAUAUAGACGACUACCCGUUCGUUGUUGUAGUUUAGUUUUAUUUCGUUUAGUCCCAAUGUCAGUUCAGCCGGCUCCGAUGUUCACGACAUAAGUCGUUAAGUUGCGUGGAGAUUGGAGGGAAUAUGGUACAAACGUGGUUCCUGGCCCCGCCCAGCUUAUUAUUAGGUCCCUAACUCAUAAAGCGACAGCGGCCAGUAGCGUUCACCGUGCAGUAUUGCCGCCUCGAUUUGUGACUUUUUGCGUAAUAGAUUCGUCAAAUCGGCGGUCGACUGGCGUACUGCAUAUUCCACGAUGUCUUAUUCUUCAGACAUACCCCUUCUGCAGGCAAUAUUCGCUGAUGGCUUUGUCGCUACCCCCUACCCACGGACUGAACACUCCUGACUGAAUGGACGACACGGUAUGACAUAGAACAGUCUUAGAAUGCACGCAUGCAUAGGGAGAAGCAGACCAAUUAGAACGAAACAGAGAUAGCUGUUUCGGACACACUCCAGCCCUGUUCAGCCUGCCACAUCUCUGGCUAACACCUUACGCUGGAAACACUAAGAUAAGCGCUUACCCUGCACAGAUAUUCCACGGACUAGGCGAUCGCCGCCUAGUGUGUAGGCAGGCAACAGUUAGACUGCAUUGUGUAAAGUGAACUCUGCCGAAUCGUUGAUCGGACAAGCAAUGCCUUCCGAAUGCGACAACUUCAAGAUGAACUUAGUUACAAAGAAACCUGAUUUAUAAUACCCUUUUCUUCUCCCCUUAGGAGCGACGUGCAGCAGAGGCGGAGAACCGCAAACUCAGAGAGGCUGCACGUCGAAAAAGAAGUGAGGAAGUGCGCCAACUGGUGGCCUAUGUAAUGCGUCGGGACAAACGCAUCGACGUCGAGCGCGAGCGUCUUGCUGAAGCGGCGAUCGCGGCCUCAAAUAGAGCUCGGGAGAAUGCCAACAAGGCGCGGGAAAGGUAGGUUCUGAUGCCGCCUAGGGGGGCGUAGCUGAGUUGAAUGCCUUAUUCCUCUCAGCAUCUAUCUCUUUCUCUGAAUUUCAGGAAUGUCAACGAACUGCAGGCCGCAUGGAGGGAAGAACUAGCCACCGGAAGCUUGGCCUCGCAGUGGGCCGAGGAGAUGGAGGCUGAGCUAGCGCGCAUUGAAGCGGAGCUGGAAGGGAAGAAACGUCCCACAACAAACGGACGCCUCGCAAACACUGUCUCGCAGAACAGUUUUAGGGUAAGCGCAAGCCAAGCCCUGCGGGCCUUCUUAUUCAGCUGAAGUGCCAUUGUGUAUAAAAUGUGACCGAUUUGAUCCUUACUUCUUAAGAACGGUUCUUCAAUCACAGUGGUACCUGUAGUAGCUAUCAGGUUUUGCGGACAAACCAUUUCUGUGUGUUCCCAGUAAUUUUGACUGUGUGCGUUUGAGGAUAUUUUGUCACGGUCGCUAUAACCUUCGUCGUCGUAGCCGCUGCCGCCGUCAUUAUCAUCACUACAGUUCAUCCGCCGCGAACAACGAUGCCCACCGUAUGAUGGGCGCAACACCAGCGCUUGCGCACCAUCUGCCACCCAGCCGGGCCUGGUGGCAAAACAGAGUCAAGACGACCGGAGGCGGACACGAGUACGGUGAUCGACUAGGCUAAAGAGCCCGCCCGAGCGUGUUACACACGACCUGUUCCUCUCAGACACGUACCAGACCCUCACGAAAAGGGGAUGACUAGGAUCCCACCUGAGCGAGAGUGCCAUGGAAGUCACAUUCAUAAGUGGCAGCCUUCCAUGCUGCGACUUGUAGCGCGCCCUGGCAAUUCCGUGCUAUAGUGAGGCAUGCCCUGAUGUGCCGUGGGUGGGGGGGGGGGAGGGAGUGGAUUCAGUCACACUUCCUCCCGAUUAUUGGUCCACUGUCUGAGCCUGUCAGCGACCUGGUGCUGAGAUUGGGCCCAUUGACCGACACGUCGUGAAGUCUGUGCCUAGGCGUGCUGCCACCCUCGUGCUCGGACCCUGCGCGUGUGUCGAGGGCCAACCUGAGCCCCCUUUUCGACCGAUCGCAUCUCUAUCGCUGUCCGUUGCGGGGGCGACAUCUUCACUACCAGUACAAUGCGUGGUCGGAUCUCAUUUCGUAGCCGCACCUGCAGUAGCCAAGCCCACGCCGCCUGUCAUACGGGAGCGGGGACAAUAGGGGGUUUAACACUAACCCCUAAACCUGACCCCUAACACUAACCCCAGCAGGUGUGGCUACGAAACAAGAUCUUACUCAAUGCGUAUUUCGUACGUCGAAUACUUGGCGAGCGUGGACGAAUUGUUCGUGUCAUAAACCAUACUCCUCUCGCCUACCCUAAUGACAAGACAAGACGAGGAGCAACCGAUGUAAGCUCGGACUUAGCCGUUAAUAGAAAAAGUCCUCAUCUACGGAUCCCAUACUCUCGUCAAUAAGAGCUAUUGUAAGACGUCAUUAUGGAGUCGCUAUGCAGCGCAGAAGAUAAACAGGUAGCCGCAUUGCGUCGAUAACUGCAUGUGCGAUGCAGGCUAAUUUUCACUUCAAACUUGUCCAAUAACAGAACGUCCGAUUCCGCUUCGGGUCCGACGCCACAGGACCGCCGAUUUUGGAGCACAUCAUCGUUUCAAGUUUUCUUGAAUUCCUCCCCCCCCCCCCAAAGAUUUUGAAUUCUAAAUGGAAGAAUUAGCAAUGUUCGAAGAUGACGCGGGUAAUUUAAAUCACUGUAGCGUUUUCGGAAAAAUAGGUGCAGAUUGCUAUUAUGCGUCCUCUUAGAAUAGUGUCUGGAGGCAAUUCAUAGCAAAUAUAAUCGUGAUAAUGGAAACUUUACUAUUUGUUCGUAACUGUUAUCAGUCCUCCACAUUUCAGGGCAGUUUCUCCCUAUACCACGAAUGCAGUCCUAGAGCAUCACAAAAAAUAACAGGUAGUCAGUUUCAAGAUAAACCAAUUCCCAAUCCCAGACGGUUAGCUGUCUCUACAAAGGGGGUAAACAAAGCUUGCGCAGGUCGUUCGACUUCCAGUAAAUAGCUGCCCAAGAGACUGUUUGUUUUGCACAUCAAAAAUAUGACGGCACAUAUUCCUCCUAAACAUGCCUAGUACUCUCUCAAUUAGAACGUAAAAUUUUUUAACCAUGCCUCGUAAGCCUUUGAACUUCAGCUGACACCCUCCUUAUAUGUUGAGCUGCCUGCCGUUUCGUAAUGUUUUUAUUAACCGGUUAGAUGAAUUGCCUUCAGAUAGCUUCUUCUGUUAAGAUUGAAGUCCCACCUCCGCUUUUAUCAGUAAAAACGCCAAUCACAAUGUUCCAUCCAUCAUGGUCAUGUGACAGAUAGUCUUCGAAAUCAAUGACAGCAGCUUCAGAAAUGACACUGAUGUGGAAUCCAAUGGAAGCUCAAGGAAUUUAGGAAAUAGCACACAGCAGCCCAGCACAGUUCGGGAUUCGGUCCAGUUGGCGCCACCCUUUUUUUUUCUUAGAUGGUCCUUACACAACCGUCUUUCACAUUGACCCAACUGUGAAAAACUCGGCGCCUCGGUGGGAUUCGAACCCACGCAGUAAGGGGAUGGCUUUUCUAUAGCCAAUGCUCUAACCACUUGAGUUACGAGGUGGAUUCCAGACGUUGCAGUAGGUUGGGCGGGUAACUUGACCCAGAUGUGAUUAAACUCGCGUCGUCCGACGGGGCCUCGUAGCCCCAGUGGUUAGAGCGUUGGCUGUACAAAAGCCAUCCCCUUACUCUCGUGGGUUCGAAUCCCACCGAGGCGCCGAGUUUUUCACAGUUGGGUCAAUAUGAAUUAUUCAAAAACCUGCCAAAAUAUCUAUGAACAGCCGUCUUUGACAAAACUGACGGUACACUUCCUCCUUUCGUCUCUUUGAUUACAGUCAGGCCUAGAAGCUAGUCAGUCAUUGGUAACAGAGGAGGAGGGGCAGGAGGAUUCUGAGGAAGAGGAAGAGGAGGACGAUGAGGAAGAUGAUGUCCUGCAGUGCAUUGCCUGCGACAAGACCUUCGCCAGCUUGGCUGCAAAACGCAACCACGAGGCCUCUAAGAAGCACAAAAAGCAGGUGGCUCUCCUGCGCGCUGUACUUCUCGAGGAAGACGCCGUCGCCGAGCUGACAGCCGCGGGCAUCCCGCUGGAGGACUCCGAACCGGAACCCGAAGAAGAGAAGACGAGCAUAAAGCUGACAAAACGUGCCAAGAAGGCCCGAAGGAGGCAGCUGCGGGAGCCUGUUGAGGCAGAAGUGGGAGAGCAGGAGGAGGAGAAAGGGGACGACACUAGUUGCCAGCAGGUGCCGGUGGACACAGGCGAGAGCGAGGACGUAGAGGCGGUUAAAGCUCCUGGCUCUAAGGCUGUAAAAAGUGAGUUUGGGCUGCAGUGCAUGUUUUUUUUCUCCUUCGAAAAUUAUAUGGUUCUCAAGGCGAAGGAAUUUGCCUUGUUCGCUCUUCUGUCUUUUCCGCCCCGUUGGACAAGAGUCUUAUUAAGUAAGUCAUAGUGCAAGUCCAGUAGGAGGACACUACUGGGGCUGCCUUCCCGUCCGUUUGACUUUUACGCUUCGCGACUGCUUAAAUCCCAUAAAAUAGAAGUAGCCCACGUAUUACGCCUCGCCGACGUCCACUUAUAACCUAAAAACUAUCUUCCCCAAUGAGGAAAGGUUCACCCCGGUCCAUAAAGCUGACUACAGUUACAGUGCCUGCGACCAUCUUUUCAGAGGAACUUGGUUCGGAGAGCACGCUCUUAACGGAUAAAGUCAAACCUGCAACAUAUCGGCAGCUGGUCCAUUCGGAAAACAACUUGCCAACAGGAGAGAGGAACGUCGCAAACAACCAUACCCGCGGUCACUAUACGAUCGACGAGGAAAUGAGAGACCCGAAAACUGGCUGACCAAUGCACCGGCAUGCAAGCCCUCGUCAUCAUGCACUCAUUCGUUGGAGGAAAAGGCCUCGGUUUCACGCCGUUUAUGAUGGGACGCCACGGUACUAACUACGGACAGAAGCCUAAACUCGAUUUUUCAACAUGUCCGACACUACAGAUCUCAACCCUCGUCGACCAACUUUAUUUAUUGGGACAUUCGAACUGUGCUCUUAAGAUUGGCAAUGGGGCCGUUUACGACAUGUACCGACACAGUCUAGAUAACGAGUGACCAACGUACACAAGUCUGAAUCGAUGCAUCGCUCUAGUCGUCAAUUCUACCUACGCCUUGAUGGCCCUCCCAGCGUCCACCUCACGGCAUUCCAAACAAACUUCGCGCCCUACCCUCGUAUCCACCUUCCUCUCUCCACAGUUCCGAUUGAAAAGGUUUUCCAUGAAUUACUGAGUGUCACGGACGUCUGAUUCGAGCUUGUCGAUCAGAUAUUUGAAUGCCCUUCACGACACAGAAGAUACGCGGCCUGUUGCAUGUCCCGUAGGCGUGCCUUCACCUUGAAGCCGACUGCGGAGGCAACUGGUGGCAGAGUGUCCAGAUGUGAACUCCUAUGACGAUAUGCAUUUCGACUUCAACACCGCAAAGGGUCUCGGUCGAGGCAUUACUGGUGCCCCCUAAAACGAGCCACGCGGUAGAUGCGCUAGACCAACACGAGAGCUAUAUCGGGGUCCGACAGGGGUUAUUGCGAAUGCGCGCCCAUAACACUGGGAAGACGUGGCGGCACGCCCGCGUGCAGGCUCACGCCCCGCCGGUUGGGAUCCAAGCCGAUUCCCCGUUUUUCUUACUGUGCAAAAUCCUAGUCGGUUGUUGGCUGUGGACCAGGUGUUGUAGCACACGCAAUGGUGCGGAUUCGCGCCUUGUCAGCCACCUGCCCCCCGCUCUGUCUCCGGUCUUCUUGACACUGUCAUGACAUCGGGGGAGGAGAGGGUGCGGUGGAUGCUGCGCAAAUACACUUUAAACGAAUUCACGAGCAGAUCAUCGUUCCUGCCCCCAUCCUGCCUUGGACUUCGUCGGUUAGUGGAACCCAAAGGCCCACCUCGGAGUCGUGGUCCUCUAACGCUGCAUCCACCAGUUCCACAUCGACUGGCUAACGUCUGCUUAGAUACGCAUGCGGUGCGCUGACGCAAGUAUCAAUCUACGCAGUCCGGUUUGGAUAGGAGCAAACAAAGUCACGAAAUGGGGGAUAGCUAUUCGCGACUGUUGUAUAAUAAACCGACGAUUUCUUAUGUGUUAUGGUCCUAGAAAAUUGGCAGUACGCAAAAUUGUUUGACAUGUCAACUGCGCCGUGGUAUUAUUCCGACGAAGCGUUGUCCGGGAGACUUCCUAUACAUCUUUACUCGCCACUACUGUCGUCUGCGGACACGGGUUUGGGGCCCAUGCGGCCCUUUUAGUAUGAUGAUAGGACAUCAAGAUGAAGAAAUCAGGUGAAGACCACCUGACGUGAACGAGAUGUGUAUUUAUCUGAGCGACAGCAUCCUUAAAUUUCCCAGACCUGUCGAUUAGGACUUUGCCCGAAAUGUCCGGAUGGGCAGUCGUGGUUCAGAAAGAUAGUCCAACACCCUCAUAACUAGCCGAGGUGAGCUACGAAUCGUAGGGCUUAUAAGAUCUAGUCGAAAGUUAACUUCUCUUGUACUUGAGCCAUAGGUCUGACUGGAGCAAGGCCUCAGUAAAUUCAGAUGCGACAUUUUCGUUUGCCUUCGUAUAUUUGCACACUUCAAUUCUUUGCACUUUAUUCAGGGAAUGUAAGUUGAGAUAUUUUCGAGACUCCCAUUUACUCCGUCUCAGAUCAGAUGAUUCGGCGUUUAGAUCAACGCGUCAUGGCUAGUACAGGUGUGUAGGUUGUGUACAUAAAGCCAGUUAUUUCACAGCAGUGUUUAAUACGGAAGUCAGGGCUUAAUCCACUCCACUAAAGAAACAUUUCAAGAAUCCCCAACAGAUCGAAGCUUCAUGUUCCCGACUAAAACAUUUUUGCCGGCAUAACAAUAAGGACAGUUGUUUGUCUUUCUUGCCAUUUGGUCUAUUCCAGCUUUUAAGUCACAGUUUCCAGGUUAAAAUUCCAAGAACAGCUUGCUCAAUUCUUCAAUGUUGCUGAUGCCCGAUCAGUGUUAUUGCUAACUCCCUUUUCAGGAAGAUGGUCCAACAUCCUCAUAACUAACCGAGGUCAGCGACGAAUCAUAGGGCUUAUAAAGUGUAGUCGAAAGUUAACUUCUCUAGUACUUGAGUUAUGGAUCCGACUACAGGCUGGAGCAAAGCCUCGGUAAAUUCAGAUGAGAAAUAUUCGUUUGCCUUCAAAUAUUCCUUCACUUCGACUCCUUUUAUUUCUUCAGAGAAUGCAAGUUGAGAUAUUUUUGAGACUCCCAUCUAUUCCGUCGUAGAUGAGAUGACUCGGUGUUUAGAUCGACGCGUCAUGGUUAGUACGGAUGUGUAGGUUGUGUACAUAAAACCAGGUAUUUUACAGCAGUGUUUGAUACGGAAGUCAGGACUUAAUCCAAGAAUGUCCACAGGAGAUUCAAGCCUCAUUUUUGUCAACAUGAAGUCUCUGAAUGUGCUCAUUUUACCCACUCAGGACGCAUGCCUAAUAUCAUGGAAUUCUUAAAUACGCUUUGAAAGAGCGUCCUUUUUCAAACAGCCUAUAGACCACAGUCAUCUCUGAAGGAUCAUAUGAUUAAAAUGUUUGGUUUUUAGAGGAUAUGGUAUCACAGAGGAGAAUUUAGACUGAACCUUUACUAACUGUGCAAAUACCAAUUGUUGGAGCAUACCUCGCGAAUCAAUAGAAAAGGUCAUUUUUCCCAAGUAUUCCUGUCAAGGUAAUCCUCACCAACACGAUACGUAAAACGGUAGGUGUUUGUCUUCCCCGCCUUUCCAUCUAGCUCCAGCUUCCAAGACUGUAUCCAGCUCGAAAUUCCAAGAAAAGCUGCUUACGCCCAGUCAAUGUUAUUACCAACUCCCUUUUUUUAGAUGGCCAUCCGGCCAAGGGUCACCAGAGCGUCCCACAGGAGUCGUUCGUUUGCAUGGUCUGCUCCCAGGAGUUUCCCUCCAAGAAUAAACUCUUUGCACACAUCAAGGAGGCCAAUCAUGCCAUGCUGAAGGUGGUUGUCCCCGGUUGUGCCGCUGCUGCCAAGCCACAGACGCGUCCGAAGAAGUCGGCAAAGAAGUCGAAGAAGUGAUGCCCGCAGCAGCUGGGAUCACAUCCGUAAGUGUGCCCCUGCCGACGUCUGUACGCUUCCUGACCAAGUGCGGCAAGUCCCUGGCGUAUUGGGGUGGGAAGCCGUCGCGGCCAGUGCGACCAAAAUCGAACAGGGCGCACGUUCUUCGAGCGUCCCUGAUGUUGCAAAUACUGCAUCCCCCUUCCUCCAGAGUUUAUGGGACACAGAUAACCAGCCUCUUGUCGACUUUUCAUGAAGGCUGUGAACUGCGACCUCAUCCUCGUUUCUAGAAGUUAGAACGGAUGAGGCUGGUGUCGAGAGGGCGCCUAAGUACAUAGCACAGCGCAAACACGAGAUAUUCUGUGAUAGUAGUCCGCAUUCCCACGCCCUCAGUUGUCAUGGCCUGACAGAAACCGUUAUACAUCAGGGAUUCCGGGCUUUAUUCGACGUAAUCUUAAAUUUUUCUCUACAUGACACUUCGUGCAGAGGUAGGCCUUUUUGUUGCAUUUUAUGGCUUCUACUGAGGGAAGUUUGCGAGCGUUCGGAUGCACCCAGGGCUCAAAAUAAUCAUCUACCUCAGGUCCACUGAAGAAUAUCACCAUGCCGGGCAGUUUUGAGGUAAAAACUGCUUAAUUCUCUUCCAGAUGUUCUGACUAAACUCAUUCGUCUUCGGUGGCUCUAGACAAGGGGCGCUUUUGACCAACUAAGUGUUUUACUGUCAAGACAUGGUUAACCCAGACUAGCCACCGAGGUUGUGUUAUAUCUGCGGCGUCUGUGUUAGCACUUCCUUCUUGAGCAACUAGAUUAAGUAAUUGGACUUUUGGAUACUGCUUCCAUCGCCGCCGACUGUAACAGUUCAACCGUGAUGCCCGUCCAUGUCCAGCAAGGGGCAGCAGACACGCUGAAUUGGACAUGAAUUUAUAGUGUGUAGACUUGCGCAUCAUCUACCGCACUCUCUCCUCAUCCCCACCUGGGCCCGGUGUUAAGACAUAGUCAAGCAUACCGGAGGCGGGAGAAGGCACAGGAGUCUGGCGCGGCGGGAUCCGCACCUAGGCGUACCACCACUGGUCCACAACAAACACUUGACCAGGACAUUUACUGACAGCACAACAACGGGUCAGAAAGACGAGGACGAUUGGGCAGCCAUGCUCACAACCUGUAUGUUCAGCGGGGACGCAAGCGCAUCUGCUGGCAGGGAAUCAGGUGUCGGAGUACUACCAGCGCACACUAGGCUGCAAGAGCCACGGUUUGCCGCCGACUCUACAUGUACGGUUCUCCGCAAAAAUUUAUCAGUAGCUGUUUCCUUUGCUCUUUUAGAUCCUCCAAGACACUGUGAUAGGACAGGAAUUAGACGCUGACUCCGCCAGCCGGGACCAGUCUUCCGUUAAACAUGCACAUAUGUACACAGCUCCCCACUGGACCUUCCCCUCUUCCCCCUUUCAAUCGAAAUACAUCCACCCUCACAGCCAGUUUAUCAAGGAAACCCAAUUGACUUCUCUACGCACUGGGACGAAUCCAUUUUAA